AUGCUCUCUUUUUAUUCGUGGCCUCUGGUCGAAAUGAGCAAUGCAGCCUCAAGCCAGACGCCAAAGAAAGGCAGCACAGGAGGUUCAGUCCGAACCCUAGCUGACUUCUGGGACCAUGGCAGCACAUCUCCACAGUCAAGCAAGGGAGUUAGAAGCAAAACAAAGUACCGCACCGCUCCGUUUCGACUCUCUCCGUCGUCUUCCUGUGGCGAGCUACACCAAACAGCCAAGAAAGGCACGACUGAAGGUGCACAUCAAUUCGGCUUUUUGCCGGAACUGCGUACGGGAGUCACACAGCAAGAACGUUCUCUCUCUUUCCAAGGCAACAGAGACGAGGCUGGAAAAGUUCGUCUCCUUGCUGGUUUGAGCUGUGGUCGUAAGCGUUUUGAUCGCUUCCAAGGAUUAAGCGAGCUCCUUCGAAACAAGCUUAUCGCCGAGUGUCAGACGACUCGUCACUAUAUUUUGGGUGACCAUGAAGGACAAGCGGGCGCCACAGACCUGGAGCGAAUGCUACAGAGAUUCGACAUGGCAGUUCAGUAUGGCCCGUGCUGUGGCCUUUCCAGAUCGGAGCGUUGGUGUCGAGCAGAUGAACUGGGGAUGAAGCCGCCUGCGGAGGUGAAGCAGGCGAUACAGCUCACACACAGCGAUGUUUCCAUUUUUGAUCAACGAUUAUCCAGGUUUGGUGUUACAAAUAUGGGAGCACAGCAGUAG